AUGGGUCUAGGUGGUAGUAAUUUAAAAAUUCCAGGUGGUGGUACUGAAGGUUUUCACGUUCUUCGUGUACAAGAUGGUUCACCUGGACAUAAGGCUGGUUUAGAAGCAUAUUUUGAUUUUAUUGUUAGUAUCAAUGGUAUUCGCCUUGAUACAGAUAAUGAUAGAUUUAAAGAAGUAUUAAAAGAAAAUGUUAGUAAACCAGUUGAACUACUUGUUUAUAGUAGUAAAACACAAACAGUACGACAAUUAACAUUAAUUCCACAUGAAAAUUGGGGCGGUCAAGGUUUACUUGGAUUAAGUAUUCGAUUUUGCACAUUUGAUAAAGCAAAUGAAAAUGUUUGGCAUGUCUUAGAUGUUCAACAACAUUCACCAGCGGCAUUAGCUGGUUUACGUUCAAAUACUGAUUAUAUUAUUGGUGCUGAUACAUUAUUAAAUGAUGCUGAAGAUUUUUUUACAUUAAUUGAAAGCAAUGAAGGAAAACCACUUAAACUUUAUGUUUAUAAUAGUGAAAGUGAUAUGACACGUGAAAUAACACUUACACCAAAUGUUGGUUGGGGUGGAGAAGGUAGUUUAGGUUGUGGUAUUGGUUAUGGUUAUCUUCAUCGUAUACCAAUACGAACAGCAAGUGUACCACCAGUAACAAAAGGAAAUUUACCAACAAAUCCGUCUGGUAUAAGUGGAAAUAAUACUUUUGAUAAAACUCCAUUACUUUCAACAAUACCAUCAUCAAAUCUCAAUGGAAAUACAAAUAUGAAUUUUACACUUCAACCUAUUAAUAUGCCACCAAUAGGAGUUACAACACCAAAUUUAUUUGUUCCACCACCAGUUAAUACAACAACAACAACAAUGGCAAAUGAGACAACAUUAGCAACGACUAGUGGAGCUCAACCCACGACAAUAAAUGAUCCCAAUCAAUUUGCUAAAUAUUUUGGUGAUAUGGCACUGAAUCCAUCAUCUUCUACAUUAACAAAUACAAUAUCAACAGCAUAUCCUUCAAAUUCUGCAACAUUUGUACCAACUUUUACUAACACUCAAUAUCCUCCUCCAUCUCAAUCUUCUGUUCAACAGUUAACAAAUCCGGGUGCAACUGAUCAAUUACCAUCUGUAGUUUCUCCUCCCGUAAUGCCUCCAUCUAAUGUUGGAAUGGCAAAUCCUCAACGACAAUCAACAAAUCUAGGUCCAACUGAACAAUUACCAUCGAUGAUUCCACCUCCAAUGAUGCCUUCAUUUAAUUUUCAAAUGCCAAGUCCUCAACAACAACAACACUAUUUUCAACCUGUUCCUCCAUCAAUAUUUACUGAUUCUCAAUAUUAUCAACAACAACAACCUCCUUUUCAAUUUAAUCCAAACAAUAAUACAUAUUCAAAUACUUUUUCAGUUCCACCACCACCGACAUCUGCUCAACAAGCAUCAUCAUUUGCUUAUGAUCAGUCGCAUGGUCAUGAUAGUAGCGGAUAUGGACAUAGUCACGAUUAUGGCAUGGGCCAUGGUCAUAGUCAUGAUCAUAGUGAUGGUCACGGUCAUAGUCAUGAUCAUAGUGAUGAUGGUCACGGCCAUAGCCAUAAUCAUUAA